AUGCCAGUGCGGCACUUGUCAGAUGAUUUGAUUCAUGAUAUCUUGCAAUACCUCCGUGAGGAUCAAGACGCUCUUUACAAUUCUCUAUGUGUAAACCGUUUUUGGAGUAGUCAAGUAGUUCCAUUACUUUGGUGUCAACCAUUUGUAAAUUGUCCUCUUUCAAAACGGCAUUUACUCAUAAGAACAUAUAUAUCAUGUUUUAAUACGGAUGAACUUACAAAUCUAAGUCCGUAUAAAAUUAAUCUUGCUGAAGUCCAACCUACUUUGUUUGAUUAUUCAAGAUAUCUGGAAAGUAUUUCUGACUGUCAUUUGAAUUCAAGUGUUCUUGAUUGGGUUCAUAAGCAGAUAAAUCAGAAAUUCUCUGAUUUUCCCGUUGGAGCAAUUACAUCAUCUCUGUGGCACAUGUUUUUACGUAAAUGUGUGAAGAUACAAUCGAUUUUAAUUUCUCCUCAUUAUUAUAGUUCUCAUCUUCCAACAUUGAAAUCAACAUUAGUGACAAGUACUGCAAUUCAUUCUUUACGCUGUUUGGAAAUUGUUAUUGAUCAAGAUUUCAUCAAAGGGAAGUUUCCAAACACAGUAGAAAUCUUUAAACAGUUGUCUUUGUUAUGCGUUAACAUUGAGUAUAUUGAAAUAAAAAUCUUGAGAGAGACAAAUCCUUUAACUCAACAAUUAAUAAUUGAUAUUAUUAAAGCUCAACAAAAUCUUAAAGAGUUCAAAUUGACCGAGAAUUGGAUUUAUCCAACAAACAUCAUGACGUCUUUGGAAGUUCACGCUAAUCAUAUUACUGCUUUAGGUCUAUUUUCUUUUCUCUUUGAUGAUACUUCGAUUAAAGUUUUAUCCAGGUUCACAUGUCUGGAAUCACUUCAACUUCACAAUUGCAGUUGUAUUGAAAAGUAUCCAAACAGAAUUUUAUCUGACGCAAUGUUUAAUUUAAAGUCUCUAUUCAUAGUCGGCACUCCUUCAAGUCUAACUACUUCAAUAAUCGCCAAAGCAGGCCAUAUGUUACAGUUAUUAGUUAUGGACUGUGUGAAUAGCGAUAUGAUUGAUUUUGCUUCAAAAUAUUGUCCAAACAUUUCCAUGUUAUACGUUGAGUUAACCCAAAACGAUUAUACACUUUUGUUUCCUUGGAUUGGAUCACUGCAGUUGGAGACUCUUGAAAUUAAAUGUUCUGUCGAAUCUCGUAAUAGAACUCAUUUACUUAGUGCAAAUGAUAGUGGAAAAUUUUUGCAACUUUUAAGCCAACAUUUGCCUUUGACUUUGACUUUUUUGAGAUUAGAAGGAAUGGAGAUUUUGCCGGAGGAUUUCAAUAAUUUCUCAAAGAAUUGUAAUGUUCCUUUACAAACAUUUAUUAUCCAAGGCAUUUUGAAGCACUAUAAUGAUGAUGAAGUACUUUGUUUAAUCUCUCAAUUUGCUACCUUACACAAAACCUUGGAACUUUUUGGUAUCGACCGUGAAGUUAUACCUCAAAAGUGGUCAAAGAAAUUGAAGAAACUUGGGAUUGAGAUCUUUUCUAUUGAUGAUUUUGAAACAUUAUAUAAAAGCUACUGA